UAUUAGUGAAAUGAAAGUUAGAAUAAGUGAAAAAAAUGAUGAUGAGAGAAGAUGAGGGAAUUGUUAUAUCAUCAUCAAAUAACAAGAGAUGUGAAGACUGUGGAAAUCAAGCAAAGAAAGAUUGUUUGUAUUUUAGAUGCAGAACUUGUUGUAAAACUCAAGGGUAUCAAUGUCAAACUCAUGUUAAGAGCACUUGGAUCCCCGUCUCUACGAGGCGUCCAAAGCAUCAUCAUCAGAUUUCAACUGUUCAACAACCAAACCCUAAAAGACAUAGAGAAAAUCACGCGCUAUUACAAACAGGUGGAGAUUCAGAAGAAGAACUUCCAUCAGAAGUGAGUUUACCAGCGAUUUUUCGUUGUGUUCGAGUAAGUUCAGUAGAUAAUGUGGUUGAUCAAUAUGCCUAUCAGACAUCAGUGAAGAUAGCAGGACAUGUUUUUAAAGGGAUAUUAUAUGAUCAAGGCAACAACAAUAUGCCUAACCAAACUUCCUCAGGAGGCUCUCACCACCAACAACAACUUGCAAAUUUCACACCACCAAUAUCUACUACUUACCCUACUUUCAUGCCUGGUAUGCAAUUAUUCCAAUACCCAAAGUCAUCUUAAAACAAGGAUAUUUGCUUGUCUUUGUUCGAAUUCUUCAAAAAUGUUGUCGGAUAUGUUUGGACUCUAUAAAAGUUGUUCAUUUUGAAGGAUUGAGCAAUAUGUAUAUUGCUAGCUAUAGAUCAUUAGAUUUUAUACCUCUAGCUAUAUUUUUAUGUGCAUUCCAAGUGUACAGAAUAAUAAAGUGUCCAUAUUAAAGACGUUUACUGUCUGUUUUUGAUUCAACACACUUUUAGUGUAGUGU